AUGCAGCUCCCUGCUGCCGUUCCCCAGACAGUGGAUGAACAAGUACAACAUCAACCAAGUGCAGAAGAUGGUCAAUUCGUUCCCAGCUUCCUUUCACCACAGAUGCUCGACAGCGGCGUCGACUUUGACACCCACUUCCGCGAAUUCACCAGUUUCCUCGACGGCGUCGGCCUUUCUGCCGAGUGGAGCCCUUUCUUUGGCGACCCUGACAGGCAUGAGGAACCACCCAUCGAUCCCGCGCUUACACAAGACACUGAUGAAGAGACUUCGCCUCGACAAGGAGCGCCGACCAGAGCCGGGACGCCUUUCAGCUCCUGGCUUCCUUCUGCACCGACGGGUAAUCGGAUAUCCAACUACGUCUCUGACACAGACAAUCCAAGGGCUGUUGAUCCAGAAACACGACCAUUCAAAGUCACUGAAGAGCAAAGAUCAAAGCUCAAAGCAUCCAUCCUAGACUACUCCCAUCUCCUUGACCCCACUUUCUGUGUUCCUUCGAGACACGCUCUCACGCGUUACGUGACUUCUUUCUUCGGGGGCUUUCAUACACAUAUGCCAUUCAUCCACAUCCCGACAUGGCAGAUCAACGAUCACUCACCGGAGCUGAUAUUCGGUAUCGCCGCUAUUGGAGCGCAGUACUGCUUCGAGUCGAAGGUGUCAGAAAGACUUUUCUUCGCCGGAAAAGCCCUGUUGAUGGAGAGGUUAAGAAAGGGCUCGGACUCAUACGGUCUCUCAACGCUUCCCAUACCACAUGUCACUUCACAGAAUGGUCGGCGAGCUGAUACGGAGGCUGAUUCGGCAGUGGAGACCAUCAGGGCCUUGAUCACCCUCAUGGGCUUUGCGACUUGGGAACCGAAAGCACCCAUGGUGCAGGAGUCCUUCGUGUUGCAAGGCAUUCUCACUCAGAUCCUUCGAAACUCUGGCCUUGAAGACGUCGAUGAGCCCGUAUCACCAACGCCAUCGGAUCAGCCAAGCGACGGCAACUCACUGUGGCACGAAUGGAAGACGUGGAUCAAGCAAGAGUCAAACAGGCGCUCGAAGCUCAUCGGCUUCUCAUUCCUUCAUACUCACAGCAUCGCAUACAACGUCUAUCCAACACUCCGUAGUAACGAGAUUGGUCUUCGGUUGCCUUGCUCCACGAAGGAAUGGAAAGCUCCGACACCAGCGCUAUGGCGCGCUGCCACAAAAGAGAUUCAAGAGCCACAACUGUUCUUCCGAGAAGCGCUAUCAUCACUUCUUAAGAACAAGAAUGACACUGCGCCAUUAUUGCCGAUUCCUACGCCAUUGGGUAACUAUGUCCUUCUCCAUGGACUACUGCAGAGAAUACACAUCGUACGGGAUCUGAGCCUUCCAGUCACCAACUCGGCUGUCCUUCCCAGUGAAGAGGUUGAGAAACUCGAGCGAGGGUUGCGCUCGUGGACUUCGUGCUGGCAACAAGCACCAGAGUCAACCCUCGACCCAAACAACGAGAACGGACCCAUCCCCUUCACUUCCAGUUCCCUUCUGUCGCUAGCCUAUGUGCGCAUAUACCUACACUUGGGUCCAUACAGACAGCUUGAGACACGGGAUCCCCAACGUAUCGCCAAUGCCAUCGCAAGCAGCCCCGAUAUCGAGCGAAGUGACGGCGUUAUUGCUGCACUCCUCUACUCAGCGCACAUGAUUGGUAUCCCGGUCAGACUUGGAGUUGAUCGAGUCGCUAGAAGCCAGGCUUUCUUCUGGAGUGUGAGACACUCUCUAUCUGGUCUGGACUGCGCAGUAUUGCUGAGCAAGUGGUUAUCAAAGCUCGGAGAAACAAUUGCCGAACACCCUCUGAGUGACAGCGAAGACAGGAUCUUACACUGGGUCAGGUGUAUCGUCGAGGAGGCAUACACUGUCGUCGAUUUUGAUCAAGGCGUUGAGACUGAUAAUCCAAGUCUUCUCGACUUCCGACAUCCAAGCAAUUUGUGUCUGGCAGUUUUGAAGAUUUGGGCACAUUUUUUCAAGAGUAACACGCAAUGGCCAUUCAUCAACAUCAUUGGCGUUGGGCUGGAAAAGUAUCGGGAAAUACUCAUUUACAAGAGCAUCAGUUGA